AUCAGCCACCUUCUCUGUAGCCACGGUUUCUCUCUGCACUCAAAUUAAUCCCGGGCCAUGAAAAAUGAACCUCUCCCCCACCCUUGCUGCCGCCUCUUGCCUCACGCCCCCAGAGAAGAGUUCCUCCGCCAGGAAGCCGGUGAAGGUUUUUUUCCAAGUCACAUGAUCCAGGAUGCAGGGGGAGAAUCCUUCUUGGAACAGAGAUGGGCCCAGAACCGGAUCAGAUGAGCAGAGAUAAGGUGUGAUGCGGGGCAGCCUAUAUAAAGAAUGGACCCAGGGUUACAGCCAGCAAGUGACCCCGGAACCCCUUGCCCAGACCCAGCCAUGCAUGUGCCGCCAGGACCUGUCGCCGGCCCCUUGGGAACCACGACCCGCGGCUACUUCUGUCUCACCACCGUGGCGCUGGCGCUGUGCCUCAUCUUCACUGUGGCGACCAUCAUGGUGCUGGUGGUUCAGAGGACGGACUCCGUUCCCAGCCCGCCUGACAACUUCCCCCUUAAAGGAGGAAAUUGCUCUGAAGACCUCCUGUGUAUCCUGAAAAGGGCUCCAUUCAAGAAGUCACGGGCCUACCUCCAAGUGUCCAAGCAUCUCAACAACACCAAGUUGUCUUGGAACAAAGAUGGAAUUGUCCAUGGGGUGAGAUACGAGGAUGGGAAUCUGGUGAUCCAGUUCCCAGGUUGGUAUUUCAUCCUUUGCCAGCUGCAGUUUCUGGUGCAAUGCUCAAAUCAUUCCAUGGACCUGAAGUUGGAGCUCCUCAUCAACACAGAGGUCAAAAAGCAGGCCCUGGUAACAGUGUGCGAGUCUGGAAUACAAACCAAAAACAUAUACCAGAAUCUCUCCCAAUUCUUGCUGGACUACUUACCGGUCAACACCACCAUAUCAGUCAUGGUGGAUAAAUUCCAGUAUGUGGAUACAAUCACCUUUCCUCUUGAGAAUGUGUUAUCUGUUUUCUUAUAUAGUGGUUCAGACUGAACAGUUUCUCUUGGCCUUCAGGAAGAAAACGACUCUCUACAGUACUUCCUCCAUCCAAACACUUGGGCAAAAAGAAAAUGUUAGAGCAAGACUGAAACCACAAAGCGUAUUAAGUAGUAUCCUUCUCCUUCUGUCUGUUGGGAAGAUACAGCUCCGGGGUUAAAAAAGUGAAGUAUCUUUCAGAUGGAAGACAAGGAAGCCAUGCAGUGUGGUGGAAAGAGCCCUAACUCUUUGGGCAUUGGAAGGGAUUGGGUUGCCCCAGCCAACUGUUCAUUCACUAGUUAACCUUGAGCCAUUCUUUCCCCUCCUGGAACUCAGGAUCCAGGUCUGAAAAAUUAGGGGACUGGAUUUGAAUCUCUCCAAAGUCUCCUUCACCUCAGAAGAUCAGACCUGUGAACUGAAAUUCCAGGCAGAGAUCUGGAAGUUCCCAACCAAAGGAAGAACCCACAUACCAGUAUGAAACUGAUGGUAUCAGUAACAUCUGACUGCAUGUCAUCUCAGCAGGUCAGAAUAUGGGGACAGUGUUCACGUGCCUUGCAGAAUAUGCCAUGUGUCCAGCAAACACCUCGCCAGCUUUCGAUGGCCAAGGUGAUUCGGUCAUUUAGCCAGAGAAUAGCUCCUGCCAUCUCUUGCAUAAUAUGACUGUUUUAUGCUUCAAACAACCCUUAGAAAAUCAGUUCCUUGAUGGACUUUUAAGUCCCCACAAAGUUGUUGACAGACAAUGAUGAUGCUAAAGCAAUGGUCAGAACCCGGGAGCCGUGGCAGCCUCCUGACCUGACUUGGGCAGCCAGGAGAGCUCUCCAGCUACGUCACGCUUGGCACUCCUGUGUCACCUUUGAAAGAGCGCCUUAUUUGUGGGAGAGCUUUGACAACCAUUGGAGUUGAAGUGUAAGCCCCCGAGGUCAGAGGCGAGUGGGAAAAUAGGACCCUCUGCUGCUGUGCUAGAGACGAGCAAAAUUUGCAUUUUUCUCAAGAGGGUUAAGAGAAAAGAAGAUUCCAGCAAAGUUUGUCCAAGAAGCCUAGAAAAGGUCUAAAGGAAAAGGAGGAGGAGGAGGAGGAGGAGGGAGUGGAGGAGGGAGAAUAAACCCCAGCGGUUGUGGUGUGGAUUGAGAGGAAUGUGGAAAGAUGAAAUGGCGGAGGGAAAGCCCAAGUCCCUUGCGGAGCAGAGUGCCUGUGCACCUCCUCGGGGGUCUCCCUGUGAAGCUCUCAUAAAGCCGACAGUUCUCUUCAACUCCUCCUGUGGGCGGAUUCUCCCAGAGGAGCAGGCAUUGGAAGAGGGGUUGAAUUCCGUGAGCCAAGUGGCACAUGGUCGAAAACAGAGGCUCACAAGGCUGGAGAAUAAGGGGACAUCUGGCAUUGUAGUUGCACACUAAUGGGACAGGAGCCAUGAUCUUGAUUAGACCAACUCAUGCGUUCUUUCUUUUAAUUUAAUUUAAUUUAAUUUGUUCUUUUCAAAUAUACAUGAGAGUAGAGUGUAUUUUGACAUAUCAUACCUACAUGGAAUGCACUCUUGAAAAGGUACGUGUGACCUAACUCUGUGUAAAUGAAGCAAGUGUUCGGUCCUCUCAUCUCUAACUCAAGUUCAAUUUCAUGUUCAUUUUUUACCAACUGACUUUCAUACAAGUGACUCCUAAUCUGACUUGCCAAGCAAUGCUCAGGACGUCAAAGACACAAGCAAAAAAGAAUUACACAUUUCAUUUAAAAGAACGAAGUGCUUGCAUAAAUAAAUAAUGAUGAAUAUUAAUAAGUCAAAGUCUGGAUACAUAGGAAGUAGACAAUCCAUAGAGAUUAAAACUAAAUCCUAUUUCUCUGGAGGGAUAACCAUCCCUGGGAAUUUCAUAGCCAAAGGACACCAUCUGUGCAAGUGAAACAAAUCAUUUACCCAACGGGGAUCCCAGGCUACUAAAACAUAAGCCUCUUCAGUAAAAAGUCACUUGAGCUUAAAGACCCUUCCCUCUUCCUUUCCUUCCACGCCCAAUCCCAAUGCACAUAGUGUACUUGCAGAAUACAUAGAGUUCUGUAGAGGUGAGUUGAUGAACAAUGCCAAGUUCAAGGUAGACCGAAUGUAUUCCUGCCCUUGGAAAAAUAUCACAUAACCUCCUCCACAUUCACUAACUUUAUUUUCGCCUGGCCUCCCAUCACCUAGCAAUGCCUCCAGUAACCGCAUCAUCUAAUUCCUCCUCAGAAUCCCCCAGUCACACAAAAGAUGGCUCAGAAAAUGGCCCAGUGCCCAGAAAGGGUUUGAUAGGAACAGGCCCUAAAGAGAGGGAGUGCUGAGGGAAGCUGGUCAGAUUUACCAAACAGGGAGAACUUCCAGGAUCCAGGGAAUACACUGGCUGUUCCAGCACAGGGGACAAAACCCUUCAAUUAAAAGGAUACAGAAGUGUCAUCUCUGGCAUGAUCCUGAGACAUCAGUGCAACUCCUAUGGGAUGGAAACCCAGUGGGGAACAGUUGCUUGUCAAGUCCUGGCUAGAUUUGAAUGCAGACCCCUGUAUCCUGUCUCUGCAAUAUUCCCCUAUAGACUGUAUUGGACUCCUCCUGUGACCUUCUGCAAACAUGUGUGUGUAUGUGUGCAUAUACGUGUGCAUAUGCAUGUGUGUAUAUACAGACAUAUAUUAUAAAUGCAUAUACAUAUAUGUGUUUUUCCCCUCUCCUGUUUUACAGGUCAUCUACUUAACCUGGGUUCAGGGGAGGAAACCUGAUUCUUGCUCUGGGAAUUGCAAAACUUAUAUAUGCUUAUAUUUAUUUUUAAUUAAAAAGAGAACAGAAAAGAAUAUUUCUUCCAUUCCUCAUCUGCUUAUUUAAUAACUAUUAAUAUUUUGCUAUAUUUGCUUCUGCUUCUUUUUAAAGUAAAAGAAUACAUAUAGAGUUAAAAUCCCACUCCUCCAUCUAUUCCCUUAUUUCCUCUCCAGAGAUCAUGUGACCACGGCCUGGAAGUGUGUAUGUCUUUCACUUGUGUAAUUUUAUAUUUGUUUUCCCAUAAGAACACAUAGUACAAUUUUGUGUGAUUUUUAGAAUUUUAAUAAAUGAUA